AUGGAUGACUUCUCUGUGUAUGGGCAAACAUACGAAGUCUAUCUUAACAAAUUGGAGAAGAUACUGAAAAGAUGCGAGGAGACGAUUCUCGUGCUUAAUUUGGAGAAAUGCUAUUUCAUAGUGAAGAAAGGCAUUGUGCUUGGGCACAAGGUCUCCAGGGACGGGUUGGAGCUGGACAAGGCAAAACUUGAAGCGAUUGAAAAGCUCCCACCUCCAACGAAUGUAAAGGCUAUCAGGAGCUUCUUGGGACAUGCUGGAUUUUAUAGACGUUUUUUCAAAGACUUUUCAAAGAUUGCACAACCACUGAGGGCGUUAAUUGAGGCAGAUAGAAAGUUUGACUUCGAUGACCAAUGCCUCAACACAUUCAUGAUUUUGAAGAAUGCAUUAACGACAGAACCUGUGUUGAUUGCACCAGACAGAACACUGCCCAUUGAAUUAAUGUGUGAUGCAAGUGGUUAUGCGAUGGGAGCAAUGCUGGCGCAGAAGAGAAAAAUAAAGCUAUUUCAGAUUGAAGAAUUGCCAUGGCACACAGACGUGGUAAAUUAUCUAGUUUGUGAGCAAUUUCUCGAAGAUUAUACCGACCACCAAAAGAGGUAG